CUUUCGCUAAAGAAGAAGAAGAAGAAAAAGCGCGCCGGGGGGGGGGAAUAGCGCGCGAGCCCCGUCGCUAAUUCCCGCCCGGCGCAGGCUAAUAGGCUCCCUCGAAGGUGGCGGGAGCGCGAGGGGGGCGACGACGACGACGACGCCGAGUAGCCGGGCUGAGGCGCUCGUCGCUGGCUGCCCAACUUGGAUGAUGACCAUGACUACGAUGGCUGACGGGCUGGAGGCGCCGGACUCGUCCAAAUCCGCCUUCAUGGAGUUCGGGCAGCAGCAGCAGCAGCCGCCUCCGCCGCCGGCGCCUCAGCAGCCGCCUCAGCCGCCGCCGCCUCAGCCGCCGCCUCCUCCAGGGGCUCAGGCGCCCGGCGGCGGCGGCGGCUCUUCGCACUCGGCGCAGCAGCAGCAACAGCAGCAGCAGCAGCAGAGCUCGCCGGCGGCGGCCAUGGCAGGCGCGCACUACCCGCUGCACUGCCUGCACUCGGCGGCGCCCGCCUCGCACUCGCACUCGCACCCGCACCACCAGCACCCGCACCACCAUCACCACCACCACCACCACCACGCCGCGCCCUACCCGGCCGGCCCCGCCGCCGCCGCCGCCAACUCGUACAGCCACCGCUCGCUGGCCGCCGCCGCCGCCGCCGCCGCCGCCUACCCCUACGUGAGCCACGCGCAGCACAGCCCCUACCUGCAGCCCUACCACGCCGGCGGCGGCGGCGGAGGAGGAGGAGGAGGAGGCGGAGGAGGCGCGGGCGGGACGGCGAGGCCGGACGACGCAGAUCAACAGAAAACCACAGUUAUCGAAAACGGGGAGAUAAGAUUUAAUGGGAAAGGGAAGAAGAUCCGGAAGCCCCGAACCAUUUACUCGAGUCUCCAGCUGCAGGCUUUAAACCACCGCUUCCAGCAGACCCAGUACCUGGCGCUUCCCGAGAGAGCAGAGCUGGCGGCAUCAUUAGGACUAACUCAGACACAGGUGAAGAUCUGGUUCCAGAACAAGCGCUCCAAGUUCAAGAAACUGCUCAAGCAAGGCGGCAACCCUCACGAGAGCGACCCCCUGCCGGGCUCUGCCACCCUGUCUCCGCGGUCUCCAGGUUUGCCUCCUGUCUGGGACGUUUCAGCCUCUGCCAAAGGAGUCAACAUGCCUCCCAAUAGCUACAUGCCUGGUUAUUCUCACUGGUACUCUUCUCCACAUCAAGACACAAUGCAGAGACCACAAAUGAUGUGAACGGGGCCAAGAGAAACAGCUCGCCGGAGGAGCCGCUGUCUCCAGCGCGGCCUUGCCAAGCUGGUCGGGGGUGGGGGGAGCAGCGCAGCUCGCGGGGCUCUGGGUGAAUCUGGAGUGUGUGGCAAAGGAAGACAGACUCGGGGCGGCUUCGCCUUCGCCUUCUCUUUAAACCUCAGCGAUUGAUCUUGAGCAGAAAGAGACCAUUUGCGUCCUGGCCCACGUCAGAUGCUCCUCUUUGGGAUAUUUCCUUUGGGACUCGGAGGCACCAAACCUCUCUGGGAGUACAAGUCGAAAAGCAAAAAUUUUUACAGACUUUUCCCACCAAGUCCACGCAGCAACUUUAAAACAACAGCACACGACAAAAAUAACAAAACUUAUUCAAUGAAAAAGAAGCGAUCCUAUUUUUAUUCACUAAACCGAGAUUGACAACAACAACAAAAGAUUGGAAAGGGAGGGGCGGAGAAAGGGAUUUUUUUUUUUAAAAGAUAAUACCGUUUGGGGCGGGGGCGGGCGGGCGGAAAAACUUUUUUUUCUAGUUUAAUUAGGACACUUCCACGAAGUAAAAUCUGCAUGCUUUCUCGGAGUGGAACCGGCAGCUGUGAGGGCGAAUCCACUAUAUUCUCUCCCACAUCCAUAAGUCACUUGAAACUAAGAAAGCACCUGAAAACUGACCAGAAGUUCUCCUGCGCAUGCCCCGCUGUAAUGAAUUGGAGAUGUGCCCUCAUUCAUUUCGGUGGAGCUUGCAGAAGAAAACUCCCCACCCCCUAUGUAUUAUUGCCGCAGGAGAAAGAGAAUUUGAGGGGGGGAGUAACAUACAUACAAAAACCCCCAAACAAACCCCAAAACCGCACCCCAUCCUAAGGCUUAAAUCUCUUUCACCCACCUGCCCUCCCUCCCUGGCUGGCUGGCAGCUCUCUCUUUCUCUCUCUCGGUCUCUCAGCUGCCUACCCAGCAACCUUGUUGUACAUAUUGUUGAAUUUUAGUUGUAUAUAUACUUUGUAUGUUUUGUCUCCUUUCAUAUAUAGAGUAAAAGCCACAAAAUGUCAAAA